AUGAACGGCAACGAUCUUCGCCUCCAAAAUGAGCACCUCGCCAGCAACACCGGCGAUGAUAGACUCUACCAUUUCGGUCUUGGCAAGCAGACCACCGACUUGAAGCAGUUCAGCGACGUCAAGUUUGUCUGCACCGGAGGGGCCGGGCAUAGGAUCCAGAUUUAUGCUGAGCUGUUCUCGAAGGAGACUGGAGUGGCGGCUUCUGGAAAUUUGUCAAACUCGGAUCGCUAUGUUCUCUACAAGACUGGACCUAUCUUGUGGGCUAAUCAUGGCAUCGGCACUCCAUCCCUCUCGGUCAUGCUCAACGAGAUCUUGAAGCUGCUCGCAUACGCCGGGGCCAGUGAUGUCAGCUUUUUCCGACUCGGCACUAGCGGGGGUAUUGGAGUGGCGCCGGGUACUGUAGUCAUCUCGAAUGGAGCCAUGAACGGGGAAUUGACGGAUAAAUAUGUGAUGUAUAUCCAGGGAAAGCGGGUAAGUCGAAAACCCACCCACCUCGACGAAGGCAUCCGAGAAGCAUUAAAGGCCAGCGCUGUCAAACUCUCGAUCCCAUAUGCAGAGGGAAAGACCCUGUGCGCUGAUGAUUUCUAUGAGGGCCAAAUGCGCCUCGACGGGUUCUUCUGCAACUACGGUGCCGACGAGAAGUUCGCAUUUUUGCAUCGGCUGAACGAGCUCGGGGUUCGUAACAUUGAGAUGGAGAGCACUUGCUUCUCCGCGACGACGCUGCGCGCAGGAGUGAAGGCCGCAAUUUGUUGCGUGACGUUGCUGAACCGAAUGGAUGGAGACCAGGUGAAUAUCACGGCCGAACAGUAUAUGGAGUACGAAAUGCGCCCCUUCCGCGUCGUCGUCGCUUAUAUCAGAAGCCUUCUCAACAUC